ACCUCCCCCGUUCUGCCCACAGGCAAUGACUGGGCAGACCCCGCUCUUCUCCAGGGACAUCAAGCAGAUCAGUAUGCACUGGAACCAGACCUUCUCAACCGCAUCGUGCUCUGGGAUUGCUACGGCGUCAGGACUCCUAUCAGAAGCAAGUGGUUUUGGAUGGUGAGACGAGCCUGCUGGACAUUCUGGAUGCGUGGGCCAGGAGGGGUACAGCCCCACGGGAGACCAGUACAUGCACACUGGAGAAGACCUCCUGUGUGUGUUUACCAUCAACAACACCAAGUCCUUCAAGGACAUCCAUUACAGGUCCUGGAUACGCCCGUGCCUGCAGCAUGACAACCAGUUCCCACCUUCUUCCUUGCAGGGAGCAGAUGGGAUUGCAGGGAGUGAAGGAUUCCAGGGAAGGCUCUGGCUCCAGCUCCAGAACUCUCUGGGACACCCUGGGACCCCUGGGACCCAGCAGUCCCUAGUGCUGGCAUGAGGACGCCUUCUAGAUGCUGGUGCGAGAGAGCCAGGAGCACAAGGUGGGAAAGCAGAGCUCACCCAAGGACAGUGGCCCAGGCUGCAUGAGCUGCAAGUCCCCACCCUCCUGAUGUCCCUUUCAGGCCACCCUGGAGUCCCCGCAGGCCCUCUUAUGCCCCAGAAGCACAGGCAGGGGCAGGGAGGUGCUGGAUG